AUGGCGGUGGCACCCAGCAGGAGGCUGCAGCGGUACCUGCUGCUCUUGGCCGUCACCUGCGGCGCCACUUUUGUCCCCUGGCCAGCCCAGGCUUUGCAGAGGAUCGCGCUGCGGAGGAUGCCCUCCAUCCGCCAGACGCUGCAGGAGAUGGGGGUGAAGGUGCGGGACGUGUUCCCGGAGCUGCGCCGGGCCCCGCGCGCACGAGGAGGGGACGGUCCCCGCAACGGGACAGCCCCGACCCUGCUCACCAACUACCUGGAUACUCAAUAUUUCGGCGAGAUCAGCAUCGGGACCCCCGCGCAGACCUUCAAGGUGGUUUUUGACACGGGCUCGGCCAACCUGUGGGUGCCGUCCUACAAGUGCUCCCCCCUCUACAGCGCCUGUGUGUCCCACAGCCGCUACGACUCCUCCAAGUCGCGCACCUACAUCGCCAACGGCACCGGCUUCGCCAUCCGCUACGGCACCGGCAGCGUCAAAGGCGUCCUCAGCCAGGACAUCGUCAUGGUGUCGGACAUCCCGAUCAUCCAGGUGUUCGCCGAGGCCACGGCCCUGCCCGCCUUCCCCUUCAUCUUCGCCAGGUUUGACGGGGUGCUGGGCAUGGGCUACCCCAGCCAGGCCAUCGACGGCAUCACCCCCGUGUUCGACCGCAUCCUGGCCCAGCACAUCCUCAGGGAGGAUUCCUUCUCUGUCUACUACAGCCGCGCUUCCAAGAACGCUCCCCUGAAACCCGGCGGCGAAAUCAUCCUGGGAGGCAGCGACCCAGCCUAUUACAGCGGCGACUUCCACUACGUGAACGUGAGCAGGAGCGGCUUCUGGCAGAUCAGCAUGAAGGGGGUGUCCGUGGGGGCCGAGAUGCUGUUCUGCAGGGAGGGCUGCUCGGUGGCCGUGGACACGGGGGCCUCCUACAUCACCGGCCCCGCCGGGCCCGUCUCGGUGCUCAUGAAAGCCAUCGGGGCCAGCGAGGUGGCCGAAGGAGAGUACGUGGUGGACUGUGAGCAGGUGCCUCAGCUGCCCAACAUCUCCUUCCACCUGGGAGGGAAGGUCUAUGGCCUCAGCGGCCCGGCCUACAUCCUGCGGCAAUCCCAGUACGGGGAGGAUGUGUGCGUGGUGGCUUUCACGGGGCUGGACAUCCCCCCUCCGGCCGGACCCCUCUGGAUCCUGGGCGCCACCUUCAUCGGCCACUACUACACCAAAUUCGACCGGCGCCACAACCGCAUCGGCUUCGCCACCGCCCGCUGAGGGCCCGGGGGGGCGGGAGGGGCCGGGGGGA